AUGGAAUGCUUCUGGAAAGCCGUCAGCCGCAAGAAACCCAACAAUGACGACGGUAGUCACUCGAAGUUAGCCCGUGUUCUGACGUUACUGGAUCUAACGGGUCUUGGUGUGGGCAGUACGCUUGGUUUGGGUGCGUACGUGUUAGCAGGUUCCGUCGCGUACGAACAAGCUGGCCCAGGUGUGGUCAUAUCCUUUGUUAUCGCGGCCCUGGCGGCAGCCAUCGCAGGACUCUGCUACGCCGAGUUUGCAUCGCGUGUUCCGAAGGCUGGAUCGGCGUACAUCUACACCUACAUUACGAUAGGCGAGUUUGCGGCGUUCACGAUCGGUUGGAAUCUGAUGCUCGAAUACAUCAUCGGUACGGCAAGUGUUGCGAGAGGUCUAAGCGGAUACAUCGAUGCACUGAUCGAUCAUCGCAUGGGAAAUGCUCUCAAGGACAUCAUCCAGAUGAGGAUAAGCUUUCUGGCAGAAUACCCGGAUAUAUUCUCCUUCCUGGUCGUGCUGAUCAUCACGGCGUUGCUUGCGUAUGGUGUGAAGGAGUCAACACUGCUGAACAACCUGUUCACAGGUGUUAAUCUCAUCGUCAUCGUGGUGGUGCUGGUUUCCGUGGGCAUUAAAGCCAAUCCUGCCAAUUGGUCCAUCCAACCGACGUCUGUCCCUGAAGGCGUGAACAUUGGUGCCGGAGGAUUCCUGCCGUACGGUGUUGCAGGAGUGAUGGCCGGUGCGGCCAAGUGUUUCUACGGCUACGUUGGAUUCGACUGCAUCGCGACAACCGGCGAAGAAGCCCAGAACCCGUCCCGUAACAUUCCGUUAGCUAUCAUCAGUUCGCUAGUCAUCAUCUUCCUAUCGUACUUCGGUGUCGCGACUGUCCUGACGAUGGCGCUUCCGUACUACCUCCAGGACCCGGUGGCACCUUUCCCACGUUUAUUUGACUAUCUUGGCUGGCAGGAGAUCAAGUGGAUCGUGUCAAUUGGAGCGAUCUUCUCACUCUGUACCAACUCGCUGGGAGCGAUGUUCCCGCUGCCUCGCGUCUUAUAUGCCAUGUCCUCGGACGGACUCAUCUUCAAGCAGUUGCGAGCGGUCCAUCCAAAGACUAAGACGCCUCUGUUGGCGACAAUCCUGUCGGGUGUGUUCUCCGGCACAAUGGCAAUGUUGUUUGACCUUCACCAGCUGAUCGACAUGAUGUCAAUCGGGACAUUGCUCGCAUACACGAUCGUUGCUGUGAGCGUGCUGGUGUUGCGGUACGAACAAAGCACCAACUUCAUCGUCAGCACGCAGACCAAAUCGUCCACCGUGAUGAAGCAACUGUUCAACCUGACCUGUCUCACGACACCGAGCAGUCUGUCGUCCAACAUCGUGAAAGUAAGCGUGCUCAUUUACGCGAUCGUCGUAAGCGUCAUCAGCUCGAUCCUGGCCCACGGUCAGGAAUAUCUCAAUGGAUAUCACCCGUUCGUUUGCACGUUGUUAGCAGCCAGUGCGAUUGUAGCCGCUCUGCUGACGCUCAUCGUGUCCUGCCAGCCAGCGGAAGAACGCCAGCUUACCUUCCGAGUACCCUGCGUUCCGUUCGUACCACUGAUCAGCAUCUUCGUGAACGUGUAUCUCAUGUUCCAGCUGGAUGCAGCGACCUGGAUCCGGUUUCUGGUGUGGCUGCUGGUUGGCUUCAUCAUUUACUUUUCGUAUGGCAUCCGUCACUCGGUGCAGGGUUCUGGCAGUCAGACGCUUUCAGAGAGCCAGCUAGACGUCCCGUUUGCGGUGUUCGCUUCUGUGAAACACUAAUGGAGGCUUGAUCAUGGUGAUCGCAUUUCUGGCCUCAAGCACUAGGAUGCGCUCGAGAACUUCGGAGUCGUGGACGUUGUUGUGCAGCAACGUUCUUAUUUAUGCAAAGAGCAACAUUCUUCCUCACGCAGGUAGUAGAUGUACGCUAGCACUAGAGAAAGACAGGGCUUAGAUGAACCGUUUUAGGUUAGGUAUGUGGAGGAGCAUUUUAGACUUCAUGGUUCGGCGUUCGUAAGCAGUUUUCCCGGUAACAAUA